UUUUCUUUUUCACACUUACAGAUCAUAAUGUCCAACCACAAACGUAGUCGCUCGCCUUCUAUUGAAUCAGACACAUUAAAGCGUGUUCGUGUUGAUAACAAUAAUAACGAAAGUUUACUAGCAGAGUUAUCGCAAGUGUUAAACACAAUAAAGUCAACGCCUUCCUCAGGUGAAAUCUCUGCAGAGGUCAUGGAGACCUUCAAGAUCUUGUUGUUAGAGAUCGAUCACUUGUCUGCAGAUAACGCAGAAGCAAGGCGAGUCAAACAAGAGAGCGAGCUCUGUUUGGAAUCCUGGUUUGACGACUUACUUGCUCAGUGUGAAGCAGACGGCGAACUUAAUCUAGAAGAUUUUUGCCAGAGUGAUGAGGAAGAAGCAAUCGCCUUUGCUAUCUCUCAAGAACAACAGCAAGACGAAGGAGAUGACGAGGAAGAAGAAAUCAUUAUUGUUGAUGAUGAUGGCUCGGAGCCUCUUGCUGUCUUAUAAUACAUACCUGUAAGUAAGCCAGUCAAAUAGUAACAAAAUAUUCAUGACUGGUAACACUAGAGUAUAUAGAACAAAAAAGAUUUCAAAAGAACAAAGAGGAUUACCACUACUAUCAUUACUACCAUUUCUUCCCCCUCUUCUCUCUUCAGUACAUAUAUCUUAUUGUUUGUAAUAUUGUUUCUCUGUCUUUUGUGCUUGUAAGUCAACCAAUCGUUUAUUGGCACACAAUAAACGAAAUGCAAAUCAUAUUUUCUAGUCAAAAAAAGUUUCACAUGGGGGGAAGAUCAUCAAGCAUCAAUCAUCAUCAUCAUCUUCAGCAGCGGAAAUUGAUUUUUAUUUCAGGACCCAUUUUUCCAAGCAGAAAGAAAAGAGUUUUUUAUGUAGGGUAAGUAGCAUUAUAUAGAAUAA